CUGCCUGGUACUAUCAAACCACAACAUCACUUUAACCACAAUUCAAAUCUACUGUCCUUCUCACCCAUUCAAAAUGGAAGUCAAGACACCCGUCGUCCUCGUUCCCUCCAUGGCCCCUCGCUGCUGCCAGUGCAAGACCAUGCUCGUCAUCAGCAACUCCUGCUGCCACUGCGCCCACCACCAGUGCUCCUCCUGCGUCUAAGCUCCAUCGCAUCCACCCCUUUCGAGCACCUUCACUGGGCCGAUCCAAAAGACAAACAUCGAUACAUCCCACCGACAUGA